AAUUAAUUACUUUUUUGAUACAAAAAAUAAACUUAAUUUUAUUUUGCCCCCAAAUCACCAUUUCCAUCAUUUUCCCUCCUUUUAUUUCUUCUUCCGAACUCCAUCCAUCCAUCAAUUCCAAUUUUAUUUUAAGUUCAUUUCAAGCUCCAAAUCCCCAAAAUCUCAAAACCCCCCACUGAAUUUUUUUUUUUAAUUUUCCUAAAACCUGUUCUUCUCGCCGUUGAUUCUUUUUUUCUUUUAAUAUUCUGAACUUUCUGGCUUUUAUUUGUUUAUUUUACAUUAGGUUUUUACUUGAAGUUCGAUGAAUUUUCGAGAAGCUGGGGUUUGGAUUAAUCGGCUAGAAAUUACUCUAAUUUUUCUUUGAAUCGAGACAAUGAGUGCCGUCAACAUUACUAAUGUUACCGUUUUGGAUAACCCAGCUUCCUUCUUGUCUGCUUUUCAGUUCGAGAUUUCCUACGAGUGUUUGACUCCUCUUAAAGAUGAUUUAGAAUGGAAACUUAUCUAUGUUGGAUCUGCAGAAGAUGAGACUUACGAUCAACUACUGGAGAGUGUACUUGUUGGACCUGUCAAUGUUGGAAAUUACCGUUUUGUACUACAGGCAGACCCGCCAGACCCAUCAAGGAUCCGUGAAGAAGAUAUUAUAGGUGUCACAGUGCUUCUCCUGACUUGUUCAUAUCUUGGCCAAGAGUUUAUCCGAGUCGGCUACUAUGUUAACAAUGAUUAUGAUGAUGAGCAGCUUAGAGAGGAGCCUCCUCCAAAGGUCUUGAUUGAGAAAGUCCAAAGAAAUAUUCUAUCUGAUAAGCCCAGGGUGACAAAGUUCCCCAUAAAUUUCCACCCUGAGAAUGGUGGAAACGAAGAACCCCCUCCAUCUGAUCAACCUGUUGAAAAUGACGGAAACGAGGAAGUUCCUGCUUCACCAAAUCAAAAAGAGGAGCAGGAUCCUUAAAGUUUCUCAUUUACAGACAUGGCUGUUAUUCAAGAUAGAUAACCUGGUAACUAUUUCAGGGAUUGAACCUGAAAUAUGAACCACAGUUUGACAGGGGACGAAGAUGCAUAAUGAAGUAAUGAUUCAGAAAUGCUGGGUUUGAUUUGGUUGUUUUUGUUUGUUAGAAUUUACUGUUUCACUAUGAUGAUUUGCUUAGGCACUUGAAAAUGUUACAAUUGAAUUUCCAAGUUUGUAAUAUGUUUCUAAAAGGAAUUUUAGUUACAUUUUUCUUUAGCUUUACCAAUUGCCUUUUCUGCCUUGCCCUUACAGGCAUUGCGGUUUUGUUGUCACGGACUGUCGUCAUAAGAACUUAAGUUUGGGUUUAAA